AUGUCUACUGUAUUAAAAUAAUAAGCCAAAAGAGAAAUCUAAAGGCAAAUUGAUGCUAGGAGAUAGGCUUAAAGUCAAUAAAGUAAUCAUCCUUAUUUGGGGAGCUUUAAGAAUAGAUAAGGAGUAUUGUCACCUAAAUAUGUUGGUUUUGUUAGUAAUUACAAUUCACUGGAUACGUUUAGAAAGGAAUUAGUUUGUGGAUAAUAUUCUAUAUCUAAUGAUAUUUCUAAUAAGAAAUAAUUAGUAGAUGAAGUCUUUUCAAAAACUAAUACUAAUGUAAAAAGAGAAUUGUUUGAUAUUAUAUAAUAGUAAUUUGAAACUGAAUUAUAUUAAAUGAAUACGAAAUUAAAUCUAUAGCAUCUAGUUGAUAAAUACAAUAGUUAUCAAUAGAUUAUGCAAAAAUUUAUGAGAAAUGUAUUAAAUAAUAUUGAAGAAUAUAAAUCUAAAACUGAAUAUGCUGAAUAAUAAGCAAAAGAAAAAGAAAUCUAAAUCAAUGAUUUAACUAGUAAAUUUGAAGAAUUACAAUCAAUGUUCAAUAAAUCUUCACAUACAGAUAGACCUAUUAAAUCAAGGAAAGGUGAUUCUAAGAAAUAGAGUGAAUUAUAUAUGGAAAAUUUUAGGUUAAAAAAUGAAAUUGAAAAAAUACAAGAAAGAUUAUAAAUCCUUGAAUAAUUAUCUGAUGUUUAAAAAUUAUAGUAGGAUAUAAUUAAUAUCAAAUAAAAUGCAUAACUUAAAAUAAAUGAAUUACUAAAAGAAAAUGAAAUUAAAGAGAAAUAACUUUAAAAACUUAAUUUACAUUAUUAGAAUAUUAAAUCUUAGUAUACAAAAUUAGAAAAUGAAUCUAAAGCAUAUUAAACUGUAUUUGAAGCUAAUAAAUAUUAAUUAGAUAGAUUAAUUUUAGAAAAUGAAAAACAUACUAAUUUAAUGAAUAGAUAUAGGGAAAUUGCUAAUAUGCAAAGAGAAGACUUUGAAUAAAGAUUAUAUUAUUAUAAAGAAGAAUUAGCUAUUGCUGCUAAGGCAAGAGAAAAAUUAUCUUAAUUAUAAAAUAAAUUAGAUAGAUUUUAAAUUGAAAAAUCAAAAGAAGUUGAACCUUAACCUAAUUAAUUACAUGAAAAAGAGAAAACUGGAUUAGAGAAAUUUGCAAGUUUAUUUUCUAAUGACAAGACUUUCUUUAGAUUAACUCAUUAAUCAUUAUUAUAAGAUAAAGGUAGAAUAGUUUAAAGAACUGGACAUAGUAUUAUUUAAAUGGAAUCUCAUUUUAAUUCAUAAGAUAUAUAAUUAGAUAAAUUUACUAUUGGUUAUUCACCAUUUGUUAUUUUUAUUGAACAUCAUAAAAAAACUUUAGAAAGUGAAUUUGCAGGUUUGUAAUAUAAAAGACCAAGUCUAUAAUUAUUAGUAAUAAUGAGACAUAUAUUAGAUGCUAAAUGGAAUGAAAUUUAAAUGAAUUAAUAAUCUAGAUUUCCAGAAUUUGUAUAUUCUUGGUUAAUGAAUUUUAAAGUUGAUUAUAAUCAUAAAUGUAUUAAAAAGAUUGAAUAUGAUAAUCAAAGAGUAGAUGAUUAAAUUGUUAAAUUUAUAGUAGAUUUUUCUAAUCCUGUUUUAGAGAAGAAUUGGGAAUGUGUAACAUUUUAAGAAUUUUUAAAUGAUUUCUCUUCUCAUGAUGAAAUUUAUUUCUUUUUAUAUGCAAGAAAUUUAUUGUUUAGAGGUCCUUAAUGUUAAAAUCAUCAAGCCUUUUAUGAACCUCAUCAUUAUAUACCAUUAUUAUAAGCUGAUUUUGUUGUAACUCAUUUAUUCUCUUAAUAUGAAGUUUCUACUAUUUAAUAAGUUAAACGAGUAUUAAAGGAAAGAGCAGUAAGAAAAAUAUAGAAUAAAAAUUUAUUUAUAAUUGAAGCUGCAUUUGUUUUAAGAAUUUUACUAGAAUUUUAUAGAGUAGAAAGAAGGAAUAGAUAUAAAAUGUUUAAAAUAGCAUUUGGAAGUAGAGCAACUAAUAUUAGUUUUAAAUAAUUUAGAAUAGUUCUUAUCAGUAAUUAUCCUAAAAUAACUGAUUUGGAAUUGGCCACUCUUUAUAGAGAAGCUUAUUCUUUUACAGGAACAGGAGUUUCAAUAGACUCUUUCUAUACUAUUGCAAGUGAAAAUGGAUUUUUUACUAAGAAUUUAAAAAUAUAAAAUCUAACUUAAUUACCACAUCUAAUUGAGGAAUAAUUUGCAUUUGAUCCAUCUUAAUAACCAUUCAUACUUGUUACUGAAGCUUAUAAAAGAGUAUCAUUUAUUUUUAUAAAAUUAGUUAAUUAAUUAAUAAAAACCUGUAAAAGAACUUUUAGUAGAAAUAGGAUUAGAAAUAUUAUUUAAUGAAUUUGAAGAAUUAGAAAACUUUAUUGAAACUAAAUUUUUAUCUUUAUAAAGUAGUUAAUUGAGUUUUGUUUAAAUGACUGACAAAUAUAUGAGUAUUAUUAGAAAUGUAAAUCAUCUUCUCCAUAGUAGAUUGUAUUUAUAAGAUAUGUAUAAAUUAUUAAUGAUUAUAUAGAAUACCUUAAGGAUCUACAUUCUAAAAAUUACAUGAUGAAAAGUAGAAACAAUAAUCAUAAUAAAAUAGAGAUGCAGUAAUUAUUAGUUCAGAGAAUUUUAAUAGAUAAUAUGUUAAAAAAGAUGAUUUUACACAUGAAGUUGAAUUAAUUAAAAGUUAAUUGGAUUGUUUAUAACAUUUAGCAAAUUAUUUUGAUUCUAAAGAUUUAAUGAGAAAGAAAGUAGAAAUGGGUUAAUAAAUUGCAGCUAAAAAAAUAUAGAAGUUUGUUAGAAAAAAAAUGAACAAAUUUUAUAGUUUUAUUAGUUCAUUACUAAGUGCAAAAUUUAAAUCUAGUGUCAAAAUAAAAUGA